AUGAACAUGAACACAAACAAAAAAAGAAAGAGGACUAAAUUAGUAUGUUUAAAAUGUGGUAGUACUUUUGACGAUGAUUAUAAAAAAAAACAUGAAUUGACUCAACAUGGAGGGGAAAAAGUUAGGGUGAAACAUUUAGGAGCUCCAGAUAACCCUUUUAUUCUUGCAUCAUCAAAAAAAAAAUGUACUUUGGAUUCAACAUCAAUGCAUAAUAUGGAGGUAGUACAACCAUUGACAAGAUAUAUUAUGAAUCGAACCACAACUAUAUUAUACUACCUAUAUUAUAUGUUAAAUUUUCGCCCGUUUAAUGGCCCAAACGCUGAAAUGCAAUAA